AAUGAUUUCUGCGUUCUCUGGCGUCACCUAAUGGCAACUUCAUCCAUCGUUUUUUUUUUAUUGAUAUUUUUGGCGGACGACAGAUUACUGGACAUUGCCAAGCACAGGUGAUGUGAUGGAUGACAGUGGUCUGUGCUCCAAGAGUGGACGAAGGGUGUCGUAUUACAACACCUUUAAAGUCAAGGACCUGGUCAACGGUCAGAUUCCAAGGGCAGGUUUAGCCAACGGAGCAGUUGUUCCCCAUGGAUUCUUGGCUGCUGCCUGUAGAAACAGAGAGAGCACACCAGUUCAUGCAGUCCAUGGUCCCAAACAGACGCCCGUGAUUAAUGGUUACAUUAACCAUGUCAACAAUCCUUCUGCCUCCGGAAAGGUUGAGAGUGUAGCAUCUGUUUCGAGCAGCGAUCCCACCAAGACUGAUGCUGCGGUGCGCCCCAUUGUGUUUGAUCAAGUGGUUCCAGAUCCCAUCUUAAAAGCACCAAAGAAGAAGAAUAGUAGAAAGAAUAAAUUCAAACACAAGAAAAAAAGAGAUAAUGAAUUCACCUCUGAGGGAAGCUCCGUAACAUCUGAGGGAAGCUCCAUAACAUGCCCGAUGCCCCCACACGAAAAGGAAGACUGGGAAAGUGAGCUUCAAGAGGUCAAGAUCAAGGACUGGGAAAAGAUGAGAUUUGGGCACCAGCCUUAUGGUCCAGCGGAUGUGCUCCCUUUCGCUCUGCGGGAUUUAACUCUUCACAGAACUCAGUACUGUGACAUACCACUCCUGCCACUGACAGCUAAUUACAGACCGGACAAACGCCACCCACAUCCCGUCAAAUGGACCUGCUACAAUCAUCCCACGGAACCAGGCCAGUUUGCAGACGCUAAUGAGUAAGCGUUUUGUGUGCCACAUUUACUUUGUACUGAGACAGGGCUAGUUAGUUCUUUUCUGCUUUAUUUACCUACUUUAGAUUCCUGGAUGUUUCUAAUACUGGAAUAUUUAUUUAGCAUUUUGCCUUCUUUGUCUUUCAAUGAGACUUAAAUGUAACCUACUCACUCUAGGUUAGCGUUUGUGCAAUUAUUGAAUAUACAAAUGCUUUUAUUGGUCAAAGAUAGUUAGCUGGGCUCUCAUUUGUACACAUGAAGUUUCUUUUAUUGUAGCUUUGAUUUUAUAUUUUAUAUUUUAUCUUUUUUUCUGUAUUGCAUGCAAAACCAUUUCCUUUAGGAUUUUGCGGUCUUACCUGAUUAAUUGUUACUUUUGAUUAAAGUUGCACUAAAACUUAAAAGUUCUGUUAAAGUGGCCAUGCUUUUGUUUUAUUCCUUCUUCCCACUUAAAUAAGGAAUUAAUUAUGUCCCAAAAAUAUUGUUUUAUGUCUGUUCAUAUCAAUUUGAUUUCCA